ACUCGUCCUUCUCACUACUACAACACACCAUUCUCUCUCAGAGUUUUCAAGAGUCUCUUCCUCCUCCAACUCAAUUACUCUCAAUUUUCUUCCCCUCUUCUCUAUUUCUCCUUCACUUCUUCAACUUUAUUAGCUUCCACAAUUAACCUCUCAUCAGUUUCUCAAUUCUCUCUGUUUUCAAAUAGUAACUAUAACUGAAUUGUGAUCAUGGCUGUGGAUUCAACUCUUUCAUCUCCCUUAGGCCCCCCUGCGUGCGAGAAAGAUGCAAAAGCACUGCAGUUCAUCGAGGAAAUGACACGAAACGCCGACGCAGUCCAGGAGAGGGUACUGGCGGAGAUUCUGAGCCGAAACGCCAACACAGAGUACCUCAAACGCUUCCACCUCGACGGCGCCACCGACCGUGAAACCUUCAAGUCCAUGGUUCCUGUCAUCACCUAUGAAGAUGUCCAGCCUGAGAUUCAGCGCAUCGCCAAUGGCGACCGCUCCCCUAUCCUCUCUGCUCAGCCCAUCUCUGAAUUCCUCACAAGUUCUGGAACUUCAGCUGGUGAAAGAAAACUGAUGCCAACAAUUAAGGAAGAGCUGGAUCGUCGCCAGCUUCUAUACAGCCUCCUCAUGCCAGUUAUGAACCUUUAUGUACCGGGUUUGGACAAAGGAAAGGGUCUCUACUUUUUGUUUGUGAAGUCCGAAUCAAGGACCCCGGGUGGGUUAUUGGCCCGACCCGUUCUCACAAGCUACUACAAGAGCCAACAUUUCAAGACCCGACCCUAUGACCCGUACAAUGUUUACACUAGCCCAAAUGAAGCUAUCUUGUGCCCUGACUCAUUUCAGAGCAUGUACACUCAGAUGCUUUGCGGCCUCAUAGAGCGCAAUCAGGUCCUUCGCCUCGGUGCGGUCUUUGCCUCUGGUCUCCUUCGUGCAAUCCGGUUCCUCCAGCUCAAUUGGCCCGAACUUGCCCACGACAUCCGCACCGGGAACCUGAAUUCCCGGAUCACUGACCCGACGUUAAAGGGUUGCAUGAAAGAGAUCCUAAAACCCGACCCGGAAUUGGCCUCGUUUGUAGCGCGUGAAUGUUCCAAGGAAGAUUGGGAAGGAAUGAUCACGAGGAUUUGGCCUAACACCAAAUACCUUGAUGUGAUUGUAACGGGCGCAAUGGCACAAUACAUUCCCACUCUCAACUACUAUAGUGGAGGUUUACCAAUGGCAUGCACCAUGUACGCUUCCUCAGAGUGCUACUUCGGGCUCAACCUGAACCCGAUGUGCAAGCCUUCUGAGGUUUCGUACACAAUAAUGCCAAACAUGGCCUACUUCGAGUUUCUCCCGCACGAGUCCGGGUCAGCCAACUCGCCUUGGCUGACCCAUGACUCGCCGGAUGAACUCGUGGAGCUUGCUGACGUGGAGGUAGGGAGGGAGUACGAGUUGGUGAUCACCACCUAUGCGGGGUUGUACCGCUAUCACGUUGGUGACAUCCUCCGGGUCACAGGGUUCCACAACUCAGCGCCGCAGUUCCACUUUGUGCGCCGGAAGAAUGUGCUUCUAAGCAUUGACUCAGACAAGACAGAUGAGUCGGAGCUGCAGUGCGCGGUGGAGAACGCCUCAAAGCUGCUCUCUGGGUUCAACACGAGCGUGGUGGAGUACACGAGCUACGCGGACACAAGGACUAUUCCGGGACACUACGUGAUUUACUGGGAGCUGUUGACCAAAGACUCAGCGAACUCACCGAGUCAUGAGGUGUUGGAUCGGUGUUGUUUGGAGAUGGAGGAAUCAUUGAACUCAGUUUAUAGGCAGUGCCGGGUCUCAGAUCAUUCGAUUGGGCCGCUGGAAAUACGUGUUGUGAGGAGUGGGACGUUUGAGGAGCUUAUGGAUUAUGCAAUCUCAAGAGGUGCGUCCAUAAAUCAAUAUAAGGUGCCAAGGUGUGUGAAUUUUACUCCCAUAAUGGAGCUAUUGGACUCAAGGGUUGUGUCUGUUCACUUUAGCAAAGAUUUGCCACAUUGGACUCCUGAAAGGAAAAGAUGAUGUUCCUGCCAUGUGGGUUAACUGGGUAGAUAUAUAUAGAUUAUGUUCUUUUUUCUCUUUUUGGGUUGAUUAAUGUGUAGGGCUUGUGGAGAGUCUGAUGGGGAAUAUGUUGGAUUAGGAUGUCUCUCAUGGUUAGGUUAAUCAUGUAUUUUGGUUCAAUUAACUUGUGCAAAAGAUGCUACUCUUUUUCAGUAACUGUGUCUAGUGUAUGUAUUGGUUGUUUCAUGUAGAAGAAGUGAAGGAAUAACAGAACAAAAGCCAUCUUCCCUUGACAAUUGAA